GGCGCCAUUGUGCGGCGCUGGUCCCCGCGGAGGGAGCCGGCUACGGCCGAGUCCCCGGACGCGGCCCCCCGUCGCUUUGUGGCUGUGUGGUUGCGGGAGCCCGGCGGGUCCGGGACUCCGGUCCGUGCCGGUGCGGGCGCCGGCAUGUGGCUGUGGGAGGACCAGGGGGGCCUCCUGGGUCCCUUCUCCUUCCUGCUGGUGCUGCUGCUGCUGCUGACCCGCAGCCCCUUCAAUGCCUGUCUCUUCACCGGCAGCCUCUACGUCCUGCUGCGCUUCUUCAGCUUCGAACCCGUGCCCUCCCGCCGGGUGCUGCAGGUCCUCAAGCCCCGCGACCGGGUCUGCGCCAUCGCCCACCGCGGCGGCAGCCACGACGCCCCCGAGAACACGCUGGCGGCCAUUCGGCAGGCAGCUAAGAAUGGAGCCUCGGGCGUGGAGCUGGACAUUGAGUUUACUUCCGAUGGGAUUCCUGUCUUAAUGCACGAUAACACAGUGGACAGGACCACGGAUGGUUCUGGGCGACUGUGUGAUAUGACAUUUGAACAAGUCAGGAAACUUAACCCUGCCGCAAAUCACAGACUCAGGAAUGAUUUCCCUGAUGAAAAGAUCCCCACCCUGCGGGAAGCCGUUACCGAGUGCCUCAGCCAUAACCUCACCAUCUUCUUUGAUGUCAAAGGCCAUGCAAAUAUGGCUACUGAUGCUCUAAAGAAAAUAUAUAUGGAAUUCCCACAGCUAUACAAUAGCAGUGUGGUCUGCUCCUUCCUGCCGGAAGUUAUCUAUAAGAUGAGACAAACAGACCGGAAUGUCAUAACAGCUCUAACACACAGGCCAUGGAGCCUGAGCCAUACAGGAGACGGGAAAGCCCGCUAUGAAACAUUCUGGAAGCAGUCCAUGUUUGUGGUGAUGGACAUUUUGCUCGACUGGACCAUGCACAAUAUCCUGUGGUACCUGUGUGGGGUUUCAGCAUUCCUCAUGCAGAAGGACUUUGUAUCCCCGGACUACUUGAAGAAAUGGUCAGCCAAAGGAGUCCAGGUGGUCGGCUGGACUGUGAAUACCUUUAACGAGAAGAGUUACUACGAAUCCUAUCUGGGCGCCAGCUACAUCACAGACAGUAUGAUAGAAGACUGUGCGCCCCAGUUCUAGAAUUCUCCCUGGGACAGGGAAACUCAAGGGUCAGAAACUGCCUCUUGGCCUCAAACAGGGAUAGCAAAAUGCCCCCCUGAGUGCUGGCCCAAGCCCUCGUGAUCGGGCGGGCGUACACAAGCACUUAGUAAUUGCAUUUUUACCUGAACACACCAAAACCCAGGAUGGCCACCAUGCCCCAUGGAAUGCCUAAGUUCAGCACUUGUUGAUCUUGAGAAUCUGGGUCUGAGAAAAGGCUCGACAGAUCCUGCCCGACCCAGUGAGGCGCCGCCGGCCCAGGGAGGGUGGGCACGAGGCGAGUCUGCAAACGCAGACGCAUGAGACCUGCAUGAGUAUUUGGAGUUGACCUUUUAAAGCUUGCCAUACUUAAGUCACUUACUUAUUUCAAAUGUUUGUUCUCAGCUGUUAACUAGGUACUGUAGAUAUCAAACUUGUGACCAUACUAAUAAAAAUCAUUAAAAGGGA